ACCUCCAGCUCGAGCAGAUCUGAGGCACCUGCGAGAACUUCUCUCCGGAGCGGCAGUUGGGGUUGCUCGCUCUGCCUUGUCUGCCAGCCCCAUGGUGCACUCCCAGCUGCCCGUCGUGGCUCCCCUCCGCCUGCUCUGCGCCCUCCUGUUGCUGCCCUCGGCGACGAUGAUCCCCGGGGGCCUUUCCCCGAGAUCCGUCACGGAUCCGGACGUGCAGGAAGCCGCCGAGUUCGCCGUGCAAGAAUACAACGCGCUCAGCGCAAACGCCUACUAUUACAAGCAGUUGCGAAUUGUGGAGGCGCAGUCCCAGGUAGUCGCAGGGGCGAAAUAUUAUCUGACGAUGGAGUUGAUGAAAACCAAGUGUGCAAAGACCACCGGCAAGCCAAAGGUGUACAAAGAGAUCCAGAACUGUGAACUUCCUCCAAAGGCUCAGCAGGAGAAACUUACUUGCCGCUUCCAAGUCUGGUCCCGUCCUUGGCUGCAAAAGAUUGAGUUGACAAAGAUGAGCUGUAACUAAUCUGGACAGCUGGGAUGGACUCACGAGAUGACCCCCAACAUGGGCAAAUGAUCCUGAGUGUGUCCAGCGGCCGAGAAACCUCUGGUGUUACAAGCUGAAUUUAGAGGAAGCUUUGCUUUUUUCGUCUGUCAUAUAUGACCCUUCACAAAUCAUGAGUCAAAUGAUUCACUUAAGCCCCAGUUCAGUUUUUUUCCUUCUUCCUCAGUUUCCCUUUCUUUUCUCUAGCUUUGUUUGCUGUAGUUUGCAUUAAAGAGAAGACAGCUCCAAGUGAUGAGUCAAUUGUUAAUUGGUUUUAAUAAAGCUAUCAGAUGAU